AUGCCCAGAGUAAGACUACCUUCAAGUUCAGAACAGAGAGACGCGAUACUCCUACAAUCUUGGCUAUACUCGCGAUUGAGAAUGGCAAGUCCCAAGAUAUCUGAUACAAUGAUGCCAACAUACAGUUUUAUACCUUCUUUAUCGGUGGAAGAUAUGAGAAAUCCUCAGCUGUCUUCAGCUGUCCUUUGCACACCUUGUCACUUUGUAAAGAUUACGAAAUUUUAUCGUGUACACAAUUAUAGAGUUUUCGCGUCAGUACGAGAUAAUACCCAUCAGAUACUUGUUGUCUUUACGCCCAAAUGCGUUUCUAACUUUGAAAGGAGAUAUCAUUCCAGAAUAACUUCGCAUGUUGUCAAUUCUUUAAUUAUAGUAGGGGAUUGUAGCUUACACUACUGGCCACCGAGCAAGAUUCAGGACAACUUUGAUAUUGGUCACAACAAUUGCGCCUUUUCGGAGGCAAGAGAGGCAAACAAAUCACUACCAAUUUUGAUCAUAAAUCAAAUGGGUAGAUUCGAAAUGGAUCAAGUCGAACCCCUCGCACUAUGCCCGUUUGUGUACGGCAAACUGUGA